UUAUAAACAAACAAUACAUAUGGCUUCUUCAUCAAUUGUUAUUUUUCCAGCCAAAUUCAGGAUUCCUCAAAAACUACCCAAAAUCAGAGCUCAGAUCUAUAGAGAUGAAGGAAAAUCAAGGCAUGUUGUUGAUGCAAAUUUACAAGUAUUGAGGGGAAGGAUGGAAGAAGUGAAGAUGAAAGAGAGAUUGGAGAAAUGUUUGGUAUGUGAACAAGGUUGGAAUUACACACCUACAAAUUCAAAAUUAUAUUAUGAGAAGAAACACAAGAAACAAUUGGAUGAAUUUGUUGAACUUAUUUGGAUGGUUGGUGGGACUAUUGGAUUUACUAUUCUCGGCUGCUCUCUUUGCCUCUACCUAACUUCCCUUCUCAUUAAUUCAUUUUAAUCAUUGAAACU